CCCAUACUGAACCCUCCUCGAGGGUGCCGACUGGUAAUGACGCUACAGAGCCUAAUUUUAGGUGGCGUUCAGCUAAGACUCGGGGUCAGAACCGUGUGCUCUGGUUUUUUCAAUAGCCGAGCCAUAUGGAGACGACUCCCAGUCAUGGUAUUGGGGUACUUCUUUUGCAUCGACUUAAUAAAUACACAAUCUGAAAUGUAUUCAUUCGUCACCUUGCAAAAGAAAGUGUCCGUGGGGCUUGAAGCCUAAAUAUUUUUCUAAAGCGGGACGAAUAAGUAAGUUUUAGAUAGUUUAUUUAUUUUGUCGAAAGUAAAAUAAUUUUUCGUCACAAAAGUUGAUAACUGAACUUUUGGGCGUUACAUGUGCAAUCGUUACUACUUUUCUACCUCUGUAAGAGGUGUUUUUUGGCAAAGAUAAGCCAUAGAAAAAGCCCCCUAGAUGUGUUAUAUAUACUUUGUCGGAACCCUGGCAAACGAUAAAACAAAAUCCGCUGGUGGGGAGCCUAACGAGUUUUUUCUGUCACGAAUCAGGUGGCUGCUCCGCCUGAACUCGGGAUUGGCUUUGGAGCUGGAAAAACCGCUCAUGUGGAGGGCUCAUGUCAAGUGUUAACUAUUACUUAAUUGGCGGCAGCCAGCGCUUGAUUAUUACUAUCAACCGAUGCGAGAUAUUAAAAACCAGGCCAAUUAGCGGAACCCCUUUUCGAUUCGAUGUCAUUCGAGCCAAAUGAUUAGGAUUAGCUUAGGACCCGGAUCCGGACCCGGACGCGGACCCAACUGCACGGGGUGUCCUUGGGGAUUACAUUGGCCGUAUAUAUAUGGGACGUGUACAAGCAUAAACAUAAAUAUAAGCCCGGCUGUCAGGGCGCUAAAAGCAAUUAGCUCAGACCGAGAAAUAUGCUCGAGUGUAUAAAACAAUUAUGGUACUCGUUUGGCGGACGGCGGCUAAUUGGUUUUGCGGUCACUUGGCUGCGGGGGUUGCGAAUUUAUUGAAUCAGCCCCGGGGGAAAUGGGAAAUGGAACAUUGGAGUGCCCCGGAGCGGGCAAUGGGAAAUUUCAAUUCCAAUUUGUGUUACCCUGCCGUUCUCUGCUUCGAUUCUCCAUUAGCGAAACGCUCCGAGGAGGCGACUGCAAACGCCGUGCCCUCGGCGGACAAGAAGUCGAGUCCGGAAAUUGUGCCCGCUUCCUUUAGCAAUGCUCCCUCGGCCCGGAACAAUCCCAUUCCGAUCGCCACCAGCGCGGCGCAACAGGUGCCAUCCGGCACCUAUGCCCUGCCCUCCAACGAUGAGAUCCUGGCCGCCGUGGCCGCCGCUGCACAGAAUAGCCAGCAGCAGCUGCAGGAGGAGCCAACUGCCCUGGAGGAGGCGGUGGCCAGCUCCACGAUGCGCAAGCGGGGCAUCAACUACGAGUACAACCCGUACUCGCCGCUGGCCUCCAACGACUACGGCAGCGAUGUGCCGAGUGGCGUCUGGUCGGAUGACUACGAGGCCGCCGUUCCGGUCAACUAUGGCGAACGCGACCUCCAGGAAAUCGAUGACUACGUGCCCGAGCGAAGAGUAAGUGGAUCCAGUGCGCGAAACAAGGCGUACGACAAUCUGCAGAAUCUGCUGAAUGCCGAGGCCUACCUGGAGAGCAUUCCCCUCUCAGUUCCGAUGACCUAUGCCAACCGGAACUACAACUUGGAUGACCGGAACAAGCGCGGCAUCUACUACAACUUGGGCAGCGCUGGGGGAAAUGGAGCGAGUGGUCUUUCAAGUGGAAGUGGCUAUAAUAGCGAAAAUAUCAACCUCAACAAAUACCGACGCUUCAAUGAUAUGCGACUGAAACGGGACACCCAGCUGAACCCGGCUGAUAUGCUGGCCCUGGUCGCCCUGGUGGAGGCCGGAGAACGGGCGCGCAAGGAGAGCGAUGUGGAGAACUCCGUGGCGGUGCCCAUGAUCGCCUCCGACGCCGACCUGGACUAUGUGCCGGCGGGCAGUUGGGUGGAUGUGCCCGUACAGGCGCAAGCCCCGCUGGUGGACUACUACGGCUUGGACAACCAGAACCAGAACCAGGUGAUGCCCAAAUACGAGUACGUGCCGCGCCAGCACAAGUACAGCGGAGUCAAUAGCCGUUAUGGUUCCUCAAAACAGCGAUAUAUGGUGGCCAAGAAGAAGCGCUCGGUGAGCCAAAGCCAGUUCAUGAACGAACCCGUGGCCGAGCGUGGAGCCAGCUAUAAUGGGGAGAAGUACUUCUAAAGAUCCCGGCGCAUCGAUAGUCUACGUAUAUAGUAUUUAAUGAUAGCCACAGGCCCCCACGGAGAGUAUUUCCCGUUUCUUUGAACAUUGAACAUGACAUAAUCCAGAAAACACUAAGAAACCCAAAAAAAAUACAACAUUUCUAAUUCAAUUAUCGUAUUGAGAUAGUGUCAAGGUCAACUCGUGUGCAAUUUUUGUGUAGAACUUCAAUUUUAAAACCAACUAACAAGAAUUAAAUUAUUGUUACAUGCAUAUGAACAUUAAUAUAUAUUGUAUGUCAAGAACAUAAUCAAAUCGAUGUUUUUAGGACGCCGAACAGGGUUCGGCGAUUUUCUCUCACGAAAUCUCAACUUAGCCUAGCCGAAAUGGAACGAAACCGAAUCUAUGCCACUUAAUCCCUGUAAGAAAUCGAUGUCUAUGGCAACUAAAUGUACAACUACCGAAAUCCAGAGAAACCGCAACUAUCUGUAUCUACUUGUGUAAUACUUAUCGAACUAGAGGCUUCCCGACUAGUACAAAAAAAAUGAGUGGAGAACGUUCAAAUAUAUAUAUAUAUACAAAAAUAUCUAUGGCAACAAUCGCCAGAAUCGGCUAGUUAUCAACCUUAAUCGAGCUCAGAAGCGACAAUGGUCCUCCUAACCGCUUUAAUUUGAAACUAAAAACAUUUUUAAAGCCACCCCAUUAAAAGCUACACUUUUAUAUAGACGCGCGCCGACUUGGGGACAAACGAUCUGACAACGGAUGAGAAUUUUAAUCGUAUUUACCUAAUGAAUAUCCGCAGCUAAAUAUAUGGUAAAAUAUAUAUAACUAUGUGUAUACAAUAUGCAAACUAUUUGUCGAAAUUAAAUAGUGGCUCAGGAGCAUAAAUAUUUUAAAUAUUCUAUGCCGUCGACGGAGAGGCGUAUCUUUAAUUUGAAUGAAAUUGUCUGACUGUUUUUUGGUAAUAAUCAAAUAUACAUACAUAUUGUACUAUGGAAUAUGAGAGGAAAAUAAAUUAUAUUACUUAUACAGAGGAGGAGUAUUUAAAAUGCAUUAAUAACGUAUAUGUGUGUGUGUAUACAAUACAAUACAGAAAAAUAUAUAUAUAUAUAAAAAUGAACACUCAAUUAACUAUAAUAUGAUAUACUUUCCCUUACACUUUUUGGGUCCCUGAAUAUUUGGCCUUUGAUUUACGCCUUAAGUUCUGAGCGCGAGCUUAAUUUGAAAAUAUAUUUAUUUACAAGCAACUGAUUUACGAUUAAAUAAAAAACGUCUUUGGUUUGAAAACCAACGGAAAAUUGGA